ACCAUGGACGUGAGAGCAGUGCUUGUGAUGCUGGCUGUCCUGAUGCCCCUGCUGCAGGCUUCAGGGCAGACAGUCAACGUCAACCUCAACAUUGGGGGUAAUGCAGGAGGGAGUGGCGUAGCAGACAAGAGUCAGGGCGCUGACAACAUUGCUGAGCAGCUGAAGCAGGUAGCAGGACUAUUCCCAGAUUUUGACACUCAGUGGGUGACAAGCCAGCUGGAACCACAGUUACUGGACAUGACAGAUACUGGACAGAACAUGGUCAUCGCAAUGUUGCUGGAACAGAACAAGGAAAUGCAGAAGGAGAUCAAGAGUCUCAAAAUAGAUAACUGCGUCACCAAAACGACCUGCUGUAACAAGACCCUAGAAGGCUGUCCCAGUGGCUAUGAACGGUUCUGUGAGAAGCCUGACAUGUGCUACAAGAUCUCUACCGACGGGAAAAACUACACUGAUGCCAGGUCCGCCUGUCAUGCUGACGGCGGGCGCCUGGCUAUGCCUAAGGACAAGGCAACAAACGACUUCCUGGCCAAGGCUGGAUACACCAAUUUCGUCUGGAUCGGUCUGACAGACGAAGUGACAGAGGGAACCUGGGUGUGGGAGGACGGGACAAAACUCGGCACAGGCUGGAACAACUGGGGACUGGGGGCCCCUACCCAAAAUGAUAAUCUUAGCAACUGUGCUACACUAAGUGCUACCAACUGGUUUGAUAGCAACUGCAGAGGUAUUACGCAUUACAUCUGUGAAGUGAAGGCACCCUAGCCAGUAUUCGCUCACUGGUUAUGAACUGGAACUGCAGUGAGUAGAGGGAUUGAGGUUGAUACAAUUUCUGAUUGUAAUUUUCUAUUACAUUAGUAUUGACGGUGUUGCUUGCUUGUGUGGUGGUUGAACUGUAUUGGAUAUCAUUGUCACGUAGUUAGUGACAAAAAGAGAAGCAAAAAACAAUUGUACUAACAGUAACUU